AUGCCGGCGCAGAUAGGACAAUUGACUUGUCUUCAAACUCUGAAAUUCUUUGAUGUAAGUCAAGAGAGCGGAUGUGGCAUUGAAGAGCUUGGGACCUUGAAAUAUCUGAAAGGAUUGUUGGAGAUAAGGAAUCUUGAACUAGUGAAAGGCAAAGAAGCAGCUAAAAGAGCAAAAUUGUUCGAAAAGCCAGAUCUGUCUCGCUUGGAAUUUGAAUGGAAUAGAAGGGAUCAAAAAAGUGAUAACCAUGAUGAGGAUGUGUUGGAAGGUCUCCAACCUCACCCAAAUUUGGAAAAGUUGAGGAUUUAUUCUUUUAUGGGUAAUAAAUUUCCGCAAUGGUUUAUGAAUUUGUCAAAAUUGGUGGAGUUGCGAAUAAAAGAUUGCCAGAGAUGUAGUGAACUCCCUGCAUUAGGACAACUACCAUCGCUCAAAGGUCUCCAUCUGGAAAGCUUGAACAACAUUCGAUAUUUUGGAGAUGAAUUCUACAGUAUUACUACUAAUGAGGAGGAAGGCAGAUCACGAGCAUCAGGGAGCAGCAUUAGAAGGCGAAAAUUCUUUCCGGCCCUUGAAGAACUGAAUGUAAAAAAUAUGAGAAAUUUGGUAGAGUGGAAGGAUGCAGACCCAGUGAGAUCAACCAUAGGUGAAACAGAAGUUGAUGCCUUUCCCAUACUGAGUGAUUUUCGCAUUGAAAGUUGCCCACAACUGACCACUUUCCCAUGCUCAGGUAAAAGUCUAGACGUGAGGUAUUCUCACAAUCUAACAAGUAUAAAAACGGGUUACGGCACUGCUUCUGUUGAGGAGUUGAGUAUUCAAUUUUGA